UGGAGCCUGCAGCGGUGAGGAAUGUACCAUUGUGCCAGAAGAGGUAGAUGCUAGCUUUAAUCACAUGCCAGUGUGCACAAAAGCAAUUAAAGGAAUGACACAUGACUUAUGUUUGCACAUAAAACAGCAGAAUAAUUGUUUAACCCCUAUUCCCUUGUGGUAAGGGCUGUGUUCCGUUGCUAUAGGAACGCAGCAGGAUAACAACAAGCAAUGGAGAGAUGGCGAGAGGUUGAAGAAACUGUGCUCACAACAUGGCAGAACACAUAGCAAGCAACAACACUGAUGUGGGACACAUAUUGGUCAAGGUUCAAGAGGAUCUUCAAGAGCUGAAGGAGAAAAUCUCCCACAUUACAGUACAUGGAGAAGUGGCAACUGUGGACUUUCAGACACUUGAAACAGCCAUACACAGGACUGAAAUGGGCCUAAAGAGUCGUGCAGCGGAGUAUCUAAAUGUAAUCAAUAGACAAGUUUUGACUCUUCCUGCAGUGGAAUACAGAAAUAUGCCAGCUGCUCACACUUUAGCAGCUCCAGUUCCACUGGCUAUCAGUAAAACGAUCAAGAGGCCUGUUGUUUACCCAUCUUUGAGUAAAAAGCACCAUGGUAACCAGUUAUGGAAUGCACCUCAACAUAUCUCACCUGGAACGCAGCACAAGCACGCCAUGGAUAUGAGGAUUUUGCGUGAUCCAUCCAACCCAAAGAACAGAAAUUUUUUACAUGAGAACUAUGGGAUUCAGCUUCCUCUUAUUAAGAAUGAAAUGCCUGAAAUACCUUUGCAAAAACUUAUUAAAGGUCCUACAGUCGCCUCGCUCGCCAUUUUGCCCGUUUCCCACCGCGAAGAUCCAUCCCUCCUACCUCCAUUUGUAUCUGAAAAAGAUGCAAGAAAAGGUAUUUUAAGUUUGAUUGAACGAGGCUUAAUUCCUCCAGCAUCUGAGUUGACUGUUGACCCGCCUUUCAUUCAACACAAAGCAGCAAAGAUUCAUGAUAUCCAAGAGAAAUUUAAGAAACCAGAUCCAGAAAUAUUUGGUACUUAUCCCAAAAAUGCUUACUGUAUAAUUGUUAGUGAGUCGUAUACAAAUGACAAGGAACUAGGUUCCAGGCUACCAUUAAAGAUGAGUACUGUUACUCCUGCACCUUCAGUCAUGUCCAAGUCAUCAGCUAAGGACAUCGAUGCAGUUCAACUCCUGCUUGAUAAAGAAAUUGUGCCAUUUGAAUUUCAUCGGUCACAGCAGUUUCAAGUGUUGCCAACUCAUCGACCCCAGGAAUUUUCACAAGCUUAUUAUAUUACUAUUUUCAACGGCAAAAUAAAUUACACGGCUCCAGACAUCCUGGCUUUCAAACAACAUUACCAGUUCUACUGGGGACAUAUGUUUUCCUUCUUGGAAUAUCUUGAGAAGAAAUUAAGAGAAUACGAUGUGCCAAUUGCCAUUGUGGAAGGCCAGAAGUUGCCGGGGCUUUCGGUUGUCUUUGAGCUGAAUUCACGGCCCAAAUGGGAAGACCUGCUUCCGGUGUUGAAAAACAAAGACUUGGUGGAAGAGAUCGUCCAGCGUCCAGGCCAGCAGUACAAGGGGCCAGAUGGCAUCGUAAUAGCGGCCACAAAAAUCCAAGCUACCUGGAGGCAGUACCGGUGCAGGACCGUGUACCUCAUAGUUUGUCGCCAGAAGUGGGCAGCAGGUGUUAUUUCCAUCUCCUGGCUUAUGCGUGCUCAAAGGGUGCGGGUGAAGAAGACCCUAAAGCAGUCACGUCAGAGACACCUGGAAAAUUUUCGCAGCAGGGCCAAGCAUCUGGCAGCCAACUGGAAUCGCAUCAAGGCCUCCAGGAGAACUAUUAUCCACAUCCCAUCAUUAGGGUAUGCCCAGUCAUUGAGAUCUUCUGUGCCCAAUAUAGAUACUCAGCAGAACCUACAGAUGGGAAGGUUAUGUGACAUCAGGGAUGACAAUAUAAAUGUUAUCUAUAUUUGCCCCCUUUGGAUUGGUGAAGAUGUGACCCAAUACUACAUGAAACUACUUGGGUUGCAAGAAGCUGUCAAAACAGGGAUACCGGAGAAGGUAGUGGACAUGGAAGAUCGUCUCAAGGUCAUGACCCCAGAGGCUGUAAGCCAUUUUCCUAACCACCACUUGUGCCUGGCCACUCAUCUGAAAUACAGUCCCAAGACAAUAAAGAGAAUAAAAAAUCUUAUUGAAGGCAAGGCUGCAUACAUCGUUGGUGGGCUGCUACACAAGGAUGACUUAGCUGUUGCAGAUAUGCUAAAUGUACCAAUUCUAGGUCCAGAGCCGGAAGUGGCCCAUCUGUACAGCACCAAAUCUGGAGGCAAAAGAAUCUUUGCAAGCGCUUGUGCGCCAAUGCCACCUGGGGAAUAUGAUAUAUACAACCUUCAGCAGAUGCAUGAAGUUCUUACUCAGCUUAUCCUCGAAAACCUGGAAAUUAGGCGCUGGCUGUUCAAAGUGGAUGUUGAAUUUGGUGGAAGAGGUACUGCGUAUUUUGAUGUCUCACACCUGAAGUGUUAUAAGCAGAUUCUAAAGGAAUUUAGGCAAAUUGGUCCUACAGAAUGGCUGAAGAAGAAAUGGAUUCAGGAACCUGCUGAGCUGACGAUAUCAAAGGAGUUGCCUGGAAUUUUGGCAGAGCAUGCACAGCCAGCCAAUAAGAAAAUAUUCCCAACAUGGGAAAAGUUCUUACAAAUGUUCCUCUGUCAAGAAGAUAUCAAAUCCUCGCUGGAGUAUGGUUCCAUGGGCAUCAGGCGGCCUCCUGCACCUCACCAGGUGAGCUAUGAGGGUGGUGUGGUGGAGGGGUACCCUCCUUCCGACAGUGUUACCAACCUCACCGUCGACAUGCUCAUAGAGCCAACAGGGGAGGUAUCAAUGGUUUCUUGUGGGGACCAGAUCCAUUCCAAAAGCCUUCUGGAAUGUUGGGGGAGCACAGUGCCACAGUGCUCCGUGGAUCCGGGCAACUUGCACUCGGUGUGUGUGAGGAUUGCUGAGGCCUGUAAAUCCAGAGGGGUGAUAGGUUUCUUCUCAAUUGACCUGGUGACCUUCAUACAUCCACAUACAAUGGAGCAGCAGGUCUGGGCCACAGACUUAGACCUGGUCUACAGUGACCAGCUGGCCAUGACACAACUGAUGCUCUUCAUAUCUAACGGGAAGCUGAUCUGCAGAACCAACACCUUCGAGGUGCCUCCAAAGCCCACAGAGAAAAAGCGAAAACUUCGCAGGGAAGAAUCGGCAAUAAAAGAAGAAGCACAAAUUCAACUUCCUUUCAUGAAACGUUACGGAGUGUUAAGCACACAGCUGAAACAUACCAAUUUAUCCAUGGUCCAGUACAGUGUACUCUUCAAGAUUUUUAAAGCUCACGGGAUUGGUUUUGAUAUUAAGGAAAGACAAGGAACAGUCUUUAUACUUCAUGAAGAUAAUAAGAAGGAUCGCUUGGGGAUGGUAACAAUUGGGGAAGAUCUCCAGGGGGCUCUGCUGACCUUUGCUCGUAAUCUCUCUGUCAUUCAUCAGGAAAUAUCAGCACCUAAUGUGCAAUUGGAGAACAAUUUUCAGGCAGCAAUCAAAGACAUUGAGUUAAUCCUUGGAGUUACAAUAGUGAACAAGUCCAAAGCUAAAGAAGAUAAUGCAACCACUGCAUUGGAAACACUGAGCUGAAGAUCUUAAUUCAGAGAAACUGUAGAUAUUUUCUAAUUUUCAGAAUGAACUAUCUAAGUUCCAAUGCUAACUUUGACAGCAGCCAGAAUUCUAGUGAGACAACGAUUCCAAACAAGGCUGCGUUAUUCUUCAAUCAUUGUUCAAAUAUGUUGCAGACUGUACCUUUGGAAGCAUGGGAAAUGUCCAGGAGCAUUUAUUUUUACAACAGGAUAUUCUGAAAAUGAUAGAAAUUAGCUCAAAGUCACAAUUAAAAUGUUCAAAUUGAGAUAAAAAGGAUGAUUUUUCCAUAUUGGUGGCAUAAAUACUAUUUUUCCUCCCUUCUUUAAGUUUCCUGAUUGCUCCCCACUGCUAUUGGACUGCCAUGCACUGUCCGAAAAUCAGGCAAUCUAUUUCCAGGUCUCAGCCUGUGUUACUUUGUAACCAGCCAAUAGGAGGUGCACGAGCAGUCCAAAAUGAUUCAGUUAUGAUUAAAAGGGGAAAAGUAAUUCUCCUUUCACGUGGGUAAGCCCUUUAGCUAUCCAGCUAAGCAGCUAAGUGUUGCUGAUAGACUUGCAUCUUAUUUAAUUAG